GUUAAGAGGCCCCCGUGCCUCUCUUGUACUGCUUGUUUAGCCAUGAAAGUAACAGGAUGCUGUGUGUGUGCCCUUGGUUCACUUUCCCUCACAUGAAGCUCCCAAAUAAACACGUUGAAUGUUGCUUCCGUCUCUUUGGUAGGACAGGGUAAUGUCGGAGGAAUGCUGCAGCGCGUGCCAGCAACCAACGGCAAGAGUUGACGUUCGCUGUAUGAGAGAAUGGACCGGGGGUAAUGUCCGGGCUUUCCUGGAGGCAGCCGGCGUGGGAGACAAGUUCCCCGGCUUGAAGUGCGGCGAUCCAAGCAUAAACAAGCUCAUCCUAUGUAAACGUGCGGGUUGCCUGUUGGAGCUGUUCGUACUGAACCAGCGAAGGGAGAGCAGGGCGCCUACCAAACGCCGAGCAAAGCGAGGGCCGAAGUGGACCAUCAGCGGGUGUGUGCUGGACAUGUGCGGGGGGACGGAUGAUGCUGUAGCGAUUCGCCUUCGAGGCACGUGCCAAGUACUAACGAACGAUGUGCGACCAAGGCGCAUUGUCAACGCUGUUUGCCUCUUGGUGUGGACGACGCCGUUCUACAUAUGCCUGUCAACGUCGAGCCGCCUAGGCGAAUUGAGAGCAGUAGUAUCAAUCUGUUUUAAAGGAUGCUGAGUUACCUUCAACGGACCUAAUUGUGCAAUCUGCUCCAAGCUUACCGUUCCUUGUUUCGUGCAGGUCCACGUCGUAGAUAGGCUCGCACCAGCGGACCUGCAGUAAAUGAGGCCGCUCUUUGUUUGCGUGUACCCUUUUUUAUCGUUGAAGUUUCGCAGAUAGGUUACAUGUGGAAACGAAAUGCCGCAAACCGAGUUUUUGCCAGGCACAGAUGUUGCUUGCGGUGCACGC